AUGCUACAUGGUCAUGUACAUGAAUAUCCUCACACACUGCUGUCUGCUGUGCGGAUCAACGGGGAUGGACAGGAGGUCCUGUACCUGGCAGAAGGUGAUAAUGUGAGGCUGGGCUGCCCCUACGUCCUGGACCCUGAGGACUAUGGUCCCAAUGGGCUGGACAUCGAGUGGAUGCAGGUCAACUCAGACCCCGCCCACCACCGAGAGAACGUGUUCCUUAGUUACCAGGACAAGAGGAUCAACCAUGGCAACCUUCCCCAUCUGCAGCAGAGGGUCCGCUUUACAGCCUCAGACCCAAGCCAGUACGAUGCCUCCAUCAACCUCAUGAACCUGCAGGUAUCUGAUACAGCCACUUAUGAGUGCCGGGUGAAGAAGACCACCAUGGCCACUCGGAAGGUCAUUGUCACUGUUCAAGCACGACCUGCAGUGCCCAUGUGCUGGACAGAGGGCCACAUGACAUAUGGCAACGAUGUGGUGCUGAAGUGCUAUGCCAGUGGGGGCUCCCAGCCCCUCUCCUACAAGUGGGCCAAGAUCAGUGGGCACCAUUACCCCUAUCGAGCUGGGUCUUACACCUCCCAGCACAGCUACCACUCAGAGCUCUCCUACCAGGAGUCCUUCCACAGCUCCAUAAACCAAGGCCUGAACAAUGGGGACCUGGUGUUGAAGGAUAUCUCCAGAGCAGAUGAUGGGCUGUAUCAGUGCACAGUGGCCAACAACGUGGGCUACAGUGUUUGUGUGGUGGAAGUGAAGGUCUCAGACUCCCGGCGUAUAGGCGUGAUCAUCGGCAUCGUCCUGGGCUCUCUGCUCGCGCUGGGCUGCCUGGCUGUAGGCAUCUGGGGGCUCGCCUGCUGCUGCUGCGGGGGCUCCGGGGCUGGCGGCGCCCGCGGUGCCUUCGGCUACGGCAACGGCGGCGGGGUCGGCGGAGGGGCCUGCGGCGACUUGGCUAGUGAGAUCAGAGAGGACGCCGUGGCGCCCGGGUGCAAGGCCAGCGGGCGCGGCAGCCGCGUCACCCACCUCCUGGGGUACCCGACGCAGAACGUCAGCCGCUCCCUGCGCCGCAAGUACGCGCCUCCCCCCUGCGGCGGCCCCGAGGACGUGGCCCUGGCGCCCUGCACCGCCGCCGCCGCCUGCGAAGCGGGCCCCUCCCCGGUCUACGUCAAGGUCAAGAGCGCGGAGCCGGCUGACUGCGCCGAGGGGCCGGUGCCGUGCAAGAACGGCCUCUUGGUGAGAACAGAUGCAAAAACUAUUGCUCAAGGAAAAUAAAGUGAAAACGAGGAAAAGCAAAAGAAGACCUGGAGAGGGCUCUGACCUGACCACAAGCAUCCUGGAGCAAUGAGUUUCAGGCAGGAAGACUCAUCCUGAGCUGAGCUGCUUUUCUUGAAGUUGUGCAAGAACGUCCUGUUGGCUGGGGCAAAUUCAGUAUUUCUUUUCCUGGCCACUGUGCUGGAGCGUGAGGAAAGACUCUCCACCCUCACUCCCAGAUCCUGCAGGAGGCGUGAGAGCGGAUGGAGAUGGUGAGGAUGUCUAUUAAUAUGGUGUUUCCUGCAAAAUGGUGCCCAUCUCAACCAUGGGUUGUCAACCAUCCUCGGUGUCUACAACUGCAAUUUACCUUUGAGGGCCCAUGAACUCUGAUUACCUGAAAGUCCUUAGGCCAGAAAGAGAAACCCCUGUCCCCCACCUCUCACUUUCACCUAUUUCUAGACCUUUUCUUACAGCAAUGCCUUGGCCCUCAGGAAGCAUCAGAUCUCAAACUGCAGGGUGUGGGGCUGAAGCUGAUGCUGGCAUGGGUGACUCAGAGUUCCUCUAUUAGUUCAAAUAUGUAAUAUCUUUUAGAGCCUAGGACUCAGGCUGGAGGCAAUUCCUUGGUGCCAGUUGGUUAAUACUUUAUGAAUAGUGGUGGGGGAGGGAAUGCCUUGGACUAUUAAUGUCCCCAUGGAUCUGGAUCCUGGAGAACUUCCAGUGUCCUGGAUGGAAUGUUCUGCUUGGCUCAUCUUGCCCAGAGAAGAGCCAGGAUAUUAGAAGACGGGAGAGGGAAGGGGGAGGUGUGAAACGUGCUGGUGCUUCCUGUCCUCGUGGUGUGAUGGCUGCCCAGGCUGCUCCUUCGAGGCAGGACAGGAUUCCCAUGGGAGAUAUGAGGACCAUGGUGAUUUCCAGGCACCAGUUAUGUCCCAGAGCAUCGUGUGCCUGUGCAGUGGGGUUACUGAUAGUCCAGGCAUCAGUUCAUAUUGUCCUUUAUGGCAGAUCCUGCACAAGGGGGUUCUCUGUCUCUGGACCCACUCUGUCAGCACGGACAUCCUUUUUCUUUUUCCCUGGUAAGGACAUCAGAAAGAAAGUUACCCCUCCAGUGUUUGGAGUCUUGGAAUCCUUGGCCUGCCCGCAGGCCUCUGAAUCCUCAGUGUGUUAGCCCAAGGUCACCUUAGGGAAAGGAACAUUUCUCCUGGUCUUCCAACACCCUGGAAAGGGAGGCUCUUCAAGAAUAGGAAAUUCUUCCUAGUAUCUAACCUUGGCCUGCAACUAUGCCAUACACUUAAUUGUAGAAGGUAUGGAAAGUUAGGACUGUGGUGGACCCAGUUAAAUCACUGGACAGAAGCCAUGAGGCAGAGCCAGAACCAGCUUCUGGACUCCCUGCGUGGAGCUUUCUACUAUCCCAGGUUGUUGGGUCCCUUCUCAGUGGCCAAAGAUGCUAUUUUAUGAGCCUUGAGGACAUGACGCUAAGUGAAAAAAGCCUGGCCAAAGGGCCACAUAGUGUAUAGUUCUAUUUAUGUGAAAUGUCCAGGAAAGACAAAAGCAUAGAGGCAGAAAGCAGACUAGUGCUGUGGGAGGAAUGGGGGAUUUGGGAGGUGAUGGCUAAGGGAUUAUGGGGUUUUGGGGGAGGUAAUGGAAAUCUUUUAAAAUUGGUUGUGGAGGUGGAUGCACAACUCUGCGAAUACACUAAAAGGCAUUGAAUUGUAUACUUUAAAUAGGUGAAUUGCAUGCUAUGUGAAUUAUAUCUCAAUAAAGCUAUUCUUUCCCUGC